GUAAAUUGAGGAUGAAAAGGGUAGAUGAACUGAUCUUCUUUAAAUGCCCUGCUUCCUCUCUCACCGCCACCAGAGCCACUUCCGGCGACGGCGGCGAUGGAGUCCAACAAGGGCGGCCUCAAGGGAUUCUGGAAGCGGCGUGGCUACCACCGGAGUGACGGAGGCGUUACUUCCCGCAGGCGCGUCAUCGACACCGUGGAACUCGGCGGAGGGGGAGAAAGGAUCCCCCCGCGCCGCAGCCGCCGCGCUCGGCUCUUACGGAUCAAGAUCUACCCCCGCAUCACCUUCCUGCGCCUCCGCCGGGCAGCUUCCCCCAGACGGAUCCUCGGCCGGAUCCGCGACGCCUACGUGCGGAUGAUGCUCAGGCUCUCCAAUGCCUUCCCCCGCGACAUCUACGGCGAGGAGGGGUUUGGGAUGCACCCGAUGGGGAAAGAAUACGACGAGAAGGUGCUCGCCGAGACCUACAAGGCGGUCAUGACCAGCUCGGCGUGCACUGCCUCCGUGGCCGGCCUUGCGAUGCCCUUCUAGGCGGCCGGCUGUGGGCCGUUUCUCCGGCGAUUUCCCCAUUUCUCUCUCUUUAACAACUAGUUGUUGAUUCGAUUUCAGUUGCUGUCGUUUUGUUCAUAAAAGUCAUUUUAUUUUUUUUAUAAAACAAAAAGUAAGCAAUAACUCGUCAACAUUUUAGGUUUUACAUUUUCUAUUGUUCGAUAAUUAGAAAAUGUAAUUAUCUCCUGUCCCUGUCUAAAAAUACCAUAUACUCGAAUAAUUAGUGGAAAUUAUUUUAAAAAUUUUACUUCAAAAUUUUAUUAAUAUCUUACUAAUAUUGCAAUCGUAGAGACGAUAUGGUAAAAGGAGAUUGUAUUUAAUCAACAAAUAAUUAGUGGAAAUUGCUAUUUAAAUUAAUAAAUUUUUAUUUUAAAGGCGCUGUUGUAUAUUAGUUGAAGAUAUUAAUUAUGUAUUCAAUUUCUCUGCUGUAAAUGGAAUAAUUAAAGAUAUAAGUUGAGCCUGAUUAACUUUUAAGAUUUUUUUUUCCAUUUUGGAAAAAAAAACAAAAAUUAAAGAGAGAAGAUAUUAAAAAAAUGAUCCAUAAAAUAAUGACUAAGAAUCCUUUAGUUCUUUUAAAUAAAUAUAAGCAAUUAAUUAUCAAGGUAGUGGAAGGAGGGUGGAGCACAUAACUAAAUAAUUUUAUCAGAAUUGAGAAUAUUUUUUAAGAUUUAUUAAUACCAAAACAUCCCUGAGUUUCAUUUCAUUGUUAAAAAUAAAAGUGUUAUAUUAGAUUAGUUAUCUAUAUGUUUAGCAAAAUAAUAAUAAAAAAACUCCACAGUAGAUUUACUAGUAAACACUGAAAUCAUUUAAAAUUAAAAAUUUUAUGUUAAAUUUAAUAAAAAAAAGGAAAUAAAAAGAACCCCUGUUAUUUUUAUUAUGAUCAAAACAAUAUUUUAUAGUAUAAUAAAAAAUACGACAAAACCCUAAAUAAUAAUUAACAUUAUUAUAAUAAAACUAAAAUAAAAAUAUUUUUAGAAUAAAAAUUAAGAUGGAAUAUUAGAAAAUAAUUUUAAACCCUAACCUCUAAAAAAAAUUCAAAAAAAAAUUAUACUAGGUGCUUACGGGAUGUGCACUAAAAGGUGUGUGACAUAAUAAAAUCCUAUAUAUAUUAUGCUACAGCAUAACAAAAUCCUAUGAGGGAUGUUAUGCCGCACACCCCGUCAGUAAUAUGCAUAAUUUUAUUUAGACUUAAUACUAUACUCUAACCCCUAAACCCUUAUUAUGUCACAUGCCUUAUGGUGCAUACCCUGUAAGUAUAUAGUGUAAUUUAUUAUUUUUUAUUUUUUUAGAUGUUAUGAUUUAGGGUGUAGAGUUUAAGGUUUAAUAUUUAAGUUAAAAAAUAAAAAAAAUUACAUUAGGUGUUCACAAGAUGUGCAUCAUAAGGUGUGCGACAUAACAUCAUUUUGUUGCGUCGCACACCUUAUUGUGCACACACCAUGAGUACCUAGUGUAUUUUUUUAAUUUUUUUUUAAGUUUAGGGUUUAAAGUUUAGGAUAUAGUAUUUAAUCUGAUUUAAAAAAAAAUUAAAAAAACAGUAGGUGCAUGAUAACCAUGAUUUUACUACACUAUUCUUAUUCAUACAAUCAUGGUUUGAUGUAGUUUUCAUAUAUAUAACCCAUAUUUACAUCACAUUUUUAUACAUUGUAUCAAUUUUGGACUUAUUUGCAAAUUAUGUUAUUACGGCUUUAUUUGAUGCUAAUAUUUGUUUGUUAUUUUGUAGGCAUCAAAGGUUCUUGGAUUAGGAUGAAUUUGAACCAAAGUUGUGCUCGGAUCGGAGUUUUAACGAGGCGAUCAAGCUCCAGAACAGUCGUAGCCGUCCAUUGAAGAUCAAGCAGAUCUGUGCCAUCCGUCAAGCAUUUGAUCCAUCCGACCUAAUGAGGAGCAGAUCUGGGCCGUUGAUGAAGAUCAGUACUGUUGGAUUGGAUUUUAGGCUAUUUUCCACCGUUGAUCAAGCUCCAAUGAUUCUCAACCGUUGGAUCAGAUCUGAGGAGAUUUAAAACCCGCGAGAAGCUACAGUGCUUCCUGGGCUCGGCGUGUCACGAUUUCUUCACUAUACAUCUUCUUCUUCCUCCGCGGCCGAUGCUCCCGUUCCACAAUUUCAUAUCCAAGAGUUGAGCUUCUUCACCGACGACGAUCUUCGAGCUACCGGCGUCCAUCUUCCGAGAUCGGAGAGUGCCAGAGGGAGGUUUCUCGGCACGAUUUGGGUUCUGCUCACUGCCGCUUACCUGAUCGGGGAGGUUUCCGAUCAACGUAAUUCGCUUCCAUCAGUGCUUAAAGGGAGGUUUCUGAGAGCUACUGAACCUUUUCCACAUUCCAUGCCGUAGCAAAACUGGGUCGAUUUGGCCAUUUGAUCUGGUUUAUGAUUCACAGAACUCGAGCUCUAUUCUUCGGCCGAUGGGAUUAUCAGAUGAUUGUGAGCUUGAGGGGAGGUUUCCAAGAGUUGUGAUCAUUCCCUGGUGAUAGUUGGAAGCUUGUUAUUGUUUGUUGGGUAUUUGAGGGGAGGUUUCCGAUAGCACAUCUGUUUCACAGCAGGUUGAGAGGAGUUUGAUCCGGAUUUAGAUUGAGGAAUGCUAGGGUUUUUGUUUUCUUUUGAAUGUUACUGAAUUUGCCUUGUCUUUGAUCAGAUCUGAAGAUCUUAUCUCUUGUCCUUACCAUUCCAUUCUUGUUUGAAUUUCUGCAUUUCCGAUUUCAAUUUCUUGCUUACAAACCCCAACCUUAGAUCUAUUUUCUGAUUAGUUUUUCAAUACUUAUACUAACAGUUUGUAGGGUUUUGUGAUUUAGUUAGCAAUUCAAUCUUUGUGACUAUGAUCUUGUCUAAGUGUUGGAUGCUUAAUUUAAUGUUUUGAUUGGUUACCUCUGAUCAUUGUAAUUGAGAAUGGGCUUUUGAGUUUAAUUGUCAAAUUAUAUUGUAAUUGUGAAUUGGAUGAUAUUUAGGUAACUACAAGUUUGAUUGAAUCUUUGAGUUUACUUAUAACUGUGAUUAAGAAUAGAAAAGAUGGAGUUGAAUUGUUUGAUUCAAUGGUGCAUUAGAAUCUAAAUUUAAUUGAUACUAAUUUGAUGAGAUGGAGGUGAUAAUGUUUAGAGGAGAUCAACCUUACUUGAACCUGUUCUUGAUCUUAUUAGAAGAACUCAAUCUGAAUUGCAAGUUA